CUCGAAAAAUUCAAACUGGAUAAAUACACUGAAACGAAGGGACUAGCAAAUAUUUGUACUACAUUACACAAAUUGUUUGGGCACUCUCACACAAAGUGUGUGCCCAGGCUAGUUGAAAGUAUAGGGAUGCAUUCACACAAGGCCACUGGUCCACAACACGCCCGGCUAGAAAUUGCUGUCUGCCUGUAAGUAUGCCGGACGCCGCCAUGCUCGGGUAGUUAUAAACGAAAAUAUGGAAUUAGAAAGCGGCGAUGGGUCCAAAACUCCACUGGUACCCGGGUCCACCACCCAUUUCGGGAGAGGCGCCGGUUUCUACAGCGGCGGCGGCGACGACCGCACUGUGUCACGCCGCCAAAUAUUGUUCCACCCCUGCCCUUCGUCCUCAGAGCAUUACCGCGACGGCGCUCGGGUUCGCUUCGAAGUCGUCGGGAAGAACCCGGUUUGGGUCCAAACCAGCAAGAGCGGCGGAGUGAAGGCAUACCGGAGCUCCGAAAGAGGCGAAAUGGAGAUCGGUGACAGUUUCUGCGUUUCCGCGAAGAACCCCGUUUGGUUCACACUGAAGAAAACCGAUUUCGAAGCCGAAGGUGAAAAGGACAGGAAAAUCGACCCGCUUGUUGAGUCCGAGUUAGCUGAGAGCCUUGGAAGCAGCCAUGGACGUCUAGGGUUUGCAGAAUUGGAACUGGAUUCCAUUAAUCUCUCUGAUAUUGACCCCGUCAAAGAGUUUGGAUUGGUGGUAAUGGGGCAUGAAUUUGAUGGGUAUCCAAAGGACAUGAUUCAUGACAUUAAGAAUUGGGAUUGGGAUCUCGAGGAAUCGAGAGAUGAUGAGGGAAGAAGAGGGAGGAAGCGGAGGAAGAGCGACAAAAGUGAAGAUGAUGAGUGGAGAGUGGAGAGUGAUGAGAAGGAAGAAAUGGCCAAAUCUAGGAGAGCUGAAAUGCCAAAGUAUAUGACUACUACUAGGUCUAAGGGCACUGGAAAAGAGAAGUUUUCAGGCCAACGCAAAAGUACCCGUGCGUAAGUGUCCCACGAGGAUGAUGAUGAUGAGACGCUUGGUGGUUUUAUCGUUGAAGACGAGGAGUUGGGAGAUGAUGAAGAAGAUGAGGAAGAAUUUGAAGAGGAUGAAGAUGAAGAUGAAGAUGAAGAUGAUGACGAUGACGAUUAAGAAGAUUGAUGAGGGCUGCAAAUUUGUUCCAUGCUUGUUGUUGACUAUAGUCACUUGUGUCUUAAUGGUCUGUUUGGAAACAAUGUUUUUCGUUGACGUUUUGAACAUGAAUGUUGUAGAUUAACAUUAAAAACUGAGCACUACUGUGUUAGAUAGUCUUUUCAAAAUAUUGUAACUAUUUCCAAACGAGUACUGAGUAUGUUCGGUA